CGCACCCUCGCUCAGUUGCCAAACGCACCCGCUUACCGUCGCACGUGUCACAUCCAGUUGCAAUAACUCAUUAGCGAUCUAUGUUACUGUUCAUGUUUGUGAAAGUGUAGCUUGUUCUUUUGACGCUUUUAAGGCGCCCAAGCCCCGCCCGUCACAAGCACCAUAGCCCAGACAAAAUGUUCGCCGUGAUGCAAAUCGACGAAGAUCACACAAGAGAUUUCAGGCGUAAACUGCGCCCAAAAUGCGAGUUCGUCUGCAAGUAUUGCCAACGUCGGUUCACUAAGUCCUAUAACCUUAUGAUACACGAGAGGACCCACAAGAGCCCCGAGCUGUCUUUCAGCUGUGAGGUCUGUGGGAAGAGUUUCAAAAGGCAGGACAAUUUACGUCAGCACAGAUGUAGUCAAUGCUUGUGGCGGUGAAGGUGAUGGAGGUAGCACGAUUCAACAACGGUCUCUAACACAAUAGAAGACAUUCAUUACAAAUCCAACAAGGAGACCAUGUAUUUGCGAUGGUGAUACCACAAUUAUGAAGACCCCAGUGACGUCAAACGCUUUAAAACCCGGGAAUUCUGUUAACAGUAUUCAAGUAUCACCAUAAUAAAGCCAGAAUUAAAUAUAAAACAAAAGAAUAUUUAAAACAAACGGCCUGCCAUAAAAAAGAAGAAAAUUUCAAACAUUCGAAUUUGGAACGCAACGUUCCAAAUUGGAAUCUAUCGAAGAAUUCGUUUAAUUAAUGUCUGUGGUAGACCUUUGUUUUAAAAUUAUGUUGUUCCAGUUAAUUCAACGCAAAUAUGGUCAUAGACCGUGUAAAUAAAUAUAAAGAUAGUUACACACUUUUAAUUUAAUAAUUUGUUUAAAAUUGUGUAAACAUUUUUUAUAUUUAAAUUUUACAUGUUACGUACAUGUCAAUUCAGAAUCCAUAUUCGACAAUAUAAAAAUGUUGCUAAUGUUGAAAAAAAUAUUUAAAUACAGAAAAAAAAAAAUGUAUUCUGGUGAUUUGUAAAUAGUAUUUAUUAGGAUAAGUGACGGUAGCAUAUAAACGGCUUAACUGCUUAGCUAUAUUCUAUGUAAAAUAAUAUUUAUGUUAUAUUUAAAUUGUUAUGAUUAGCUUCUUAUACGUAGAACGUACGGGAUUGUUUAAUAACUUAAGGAUGGAUUAGGAGUUCGUUCCUAAAAUGCCUAUAGAGAGAUGAUUAAUGAAUAUUGAUAUAAUAAAGCUUAUAUAAAUUUUAUGCUUCAUAGAUAUUGUAUGCAUCGUUCCUAAAGUCUCUUUUCGAUAAAAAUCUAUAAUCAUUAAAUGUCAUUUAAUAUUUUGUUCAUUUAUAAUUGUAACACAACUACUAUACUUCGUUGUUACGACGAAGUAAUCAGUAGUUUAAAAUAGUCUUAACACACAAUAUAUAAAUCUUGUUUAUAUAUAAAAUGUCAUAAGACCAUUGCCUUAAUAUUAUAAUUUAUAAUAUAUUUGGAGCUUAGGCGUUAUAUUUUUAUUCCACGUGCCAACAUUUGACAGAUGUCUGUCAUUUAGCCAUAUAUUAUCUAGAAUAAGUUGUAUAAAAAUUAAUAUGCAAAAUGUUUCUAUUUACUUAUGUAUUUCAUCGUGUAGAUGUAUAACAAUAAAUAAUAAUUAAAUAUU